AUGGGCAACGAGGCGAGCUUGGAAGGGGAAGGGCUCCCCGAAGGGCUGGCAGCGGCGGCAGCAGCGGCCGGAGAAGGGGCUGGCGGGGCGGGGAGCCACUUGCACACCCUGAUCCCAGCCGGCAUGGAGACGGAUCUGAGCCAGCUGAGCGAAGAGGAGAGGAGACAGAUCGCUGCUGUCAUGUCAAGGGCGCAGGGGCUGCCCAAGGGAAGAGUUCCCCCGGCCGCUGCGGAGCCGCCUUCCAUGCACAGAAAACAAGAAUUGGAUAGUAGUCACUCUCCAAAGCAAACAGGAAGACCGCCAGAUCCUGGGCGUCCAUCUCAGCCUGGUCUCAGUAAGAGUAGAACUACAGACACUUUUAGGUCGGAGCAGAAAUUGCCUGGAAGGAGUCCUUCCACUAUUAGCUUAAAAGAAUCAAAAUCCAGAACUGAUUUCAAGGAAGAGCACAAAUCAAGUAUGAUGCCUGGCUUCCUCUCAGAGGUUAACCCCUUAAGUGCUGUCUCCUCUGUUGUAAAUAAAUUCAACCCCUUUGAUUUGAUAUCAGACUCUGACACGUCCCAGGAAGAAACUGCCAAGAAACAAAAAGUAGCUCAGAAAGAACAAGGAAAACCUGAAGGAAUCGCAAAGCCUUCAUCACAACAGUCACCCAAGUCAGUUCCAAAGCAGCAAGGGCCUCAUAAGGGCCCACUUCAGCAGGAUGGCUCUCCCAGAUCUGCAUCUUCUCAGCAACCAGAAAAGAUGAAAUCACAACCUUCAGGAGCAGGCCCUAGUCUGGGACCUUCACACACACCUCAGACAGACCCAGCAAAAUUGCCACUUCAACGGGACUCAUCAAGACCUCAGACUAAACAGUCAGAUGUAGUCAGGGGAGAAUCGGCUAAACCCUCACUGCAAAGCCCAUCUAAACCACCUACGCAGCAAACAAGUUCUGGAAAACCUGCAGACCAGCAGCCUGGACCUACAAAACCCUUAUCUCAGCAACCAGAGUUGGUGAAGCCUCCACCUCAGCCACUGACAGCAAAGCCCCCAGCUCAACCACCUCCAUCAACAGCAAAGCCUUCUGCUCAACAGCCUGGACCAAAGCCUUCAGCCCAGCCCUUGGAGACUGCAAAGACUACAGCUCAACAGCCAGGUCCUGCAAAACCCCCUGCUCAACAGCCAGGACCUACAAAACCUCCUACUCAACAGCCAGGCCCUGCAAAACCCUCUACUCAACCGCCAGGACCUGCAAAGCCCCCCACUCAACAGCCAGGACCUGCAAAGCCCCCUACUCAACAGCCAGGACCUGCAAAGCCUGCCACUCAACAGCCAGGACCUGCAAAGCCCACCACUCAACAGCUUGGUCCUGCAAAACCUGUUGCUCAACCUCCAGGAUCUGCAAAACCCCCCACUGAACAGCCAGGCCUUACAAAAACCCCUGUUCAACAGCCCGGCCCAACAAAGACUCCUGCACAACAGCCAGGCCCAGCUAAGAGUCCUGCUCAACAACCAGGACCUGCAAAAUCCUCAUCUCAGCCGUCUGUAAAAUCAGGAAGCCAAACAGGAUUUGGGAAACCUCUGCAGCCUACAGCUUCUCCAUCUGCAGCACAGACUCCAGUACAAGACAUCUCUAAAACCAUCUGUCCUCUUUGCAAAACCACUGAACUUCUGUUGCAUGACCCAGGAAAGGCCAAUUUUAACACAUGCACUGAAUGUCAGACAACUGUCUGUAGUCUCUGUGGUUUUAAUCCCAAUCCACACUUAACCGAGAUAAAAGAAUGGCUCUGUUUAAACUGUCAGAUGCAGCGAGCUCUAGGUGGUGAUCUGGCUCAAAUGCCACCAUCACCGAAACCCAAACCGAAGACUGCCCCUGUUGCUUCAGCUCCAGCCGUGAGCAAACCAGCUCCACCAUCACAGCAGUCUUCCCCAAAGAAGGAUGCUGCAGCUAAACAGGACAUCUCAAAGCCUCCUGAAUCUAAAAAACCCCCACCACUAGUAAAACAACCAACCCUCCAUGGUUCUCCCACCCACGUGGCCAAGCAGCCUCCUGUAACGGAGCCCUCGGCCCAAGCAGCCCCUCCCAAAGAGCCUUCAGGUGCCCCUGAGCAGGCCAAGGCUCCUGUGGCUGAUGCUAAACCAAAGCAGCCCAAGGCGGUAAAGCCGGCUACAGACAGUGGACCUUCUUUGUCAGCAGCAGCAAAACCUGAAGCUCAGAGCUCCAAAGAGCCUUCACCAGCACCAGAGAAAGCAGCCCCUCCUCUGAAAACGGACUCAGCCAAACCUUCACAGAGUUUUCCACCAACAGGAGAAAGAGUCACCCCAUUGGAUUCUAAAACCAUACCUCGGCCUGCAUCAGAUUCAAAAAUUAUCUCACAUCCCGGGCCUAGUUCUGAGAGUAAAGGACAAAAACAAGCUGAUCCAACUCAAAAGAAGGAAGAUGCCAAGAAAGCACAAUCCAAGAUGAGUCCAAAGCCAGAUGCCAAGCCCACGCCAAAAGGGUCCCCAGGACCCACUGGUUCACGACCUACCACUGGCCAAACUCCUCCCACACCUCAGCAGCCUCCAAAGCCUCAGGAACAGUCGAGACGUUUCAGUCUGAACCUGGGAAGUAUCACUGAUGCACAGAAAUCACAGCCCACAACUCCUCAAGAAAGUGUCACUGGGAAACUCUUUGGGUUUGGAGCAUCCAUCUUCAGCCAGGCAUCAAAUUUAAUUUCUACAGCAGGACAGCCUGCAUCUCAUUCACAGAGUGGGACAGGGGCCCCAACAAAGCAAGCCCCUCCUCUUUCACAACCACCUCCUUCUCAGGGGCCCCCCAAACCCACAGGUCAGACACAAGCAGCGCCUGCAAAGGUCCUACCAGUGAAAAAGGAAACAAAAGCUUCAGCAACUGAAAAAUUAGAGCCCAAAGUUGAACAAGUCCCAGCAGUAAAAAGAACAGAAACCGAAAAAAGGCCACCGCCUACAAAGGAUAGUAAACCUGCGACUGCUGAACCACAGAAGGUUGCUGUUCCGUCUAAACUGGAGAAAACUCCCAGGACAGAUUCCCUUUGUCCUCUCUGCAAAACUGAACUCAACAUAGGCUCUAAGGACCCUCCUAACUUCAGUACUUGCACUGAAUGCAAAAAUCAAGUGUGUAAUCGGUGUGGAUUUAACCCCACCCCACAUUUGACUGAGAUUCAAGAAUGGCUGUGUUUAAAUUGUCAAACCCAAAGAGCGAUUUCAGGACAACUUGGAGACAUGGACAAAAUGUUGUCUUCACAGCCAGGACCCAAAGCACCGUCUGUGCCUGUGCCUCCAGAGCAGCCGUCCCAGAAAAAGGUGGCUCCUGCCCAGGCGAAAGAGAAAAAGAAGGAACAAGAAGUAAAAAGAGAUGCUGAAAAAGUCAUCCCGGAAAAGGUGAAGGAAGCACCUUCAACAGAAAAAACUCCCCCCAAAGUAACCACUGAUGAAAGACUAGAGACAAGUGACCUAGACAAAUUAAAAUCUUCAGCCCUAGAAGAAGAGAAGCCACCUCCUGAAGAAAAAAAGCCAGCCCUUGAAGAGAAAAAGAAACCCCCCUCAGAGGGAAAAAAGUCAGCCCCUGAAGAGAAAAAGCCGCCUUUUGAAGAAAAAGAGUCAACCCCUGAAGACAAACAGUUACUUCCAGAAGCAAAAGCACCAGAUCUACAGGGAGAGCAAGCACAAGACUUACUUCCAACCCAAGUACAAAUUGCUGAUGACAUGGUGCAAGACAAAGGCACUCCAAAGGUUGUACAAGAAGAGAAACCUCCACCGCCCAAGAUGGAAGAGUUACCAUCCAGUAAACCUCAGAGUUUGCUUAAAGAUGAUGAAACAACCCAAAAACUAAGGGAACAGACACAAGCAGUGAGCCCAGCCAAACCUGAUCAGGUGGAAUCUGGGAAAGAAAAACCAGAAAAGGAAGAUGACAAAUCAGACACCUCAAGUUCUCAGCAGCCGAAAAGCCCCCAAGGUCUGAGUGAUACAGGAUAUUCUUCUGAUGGAAUAUCAAGCUCACUUGGUGAAAUUCCAAGUCUUAUUCCAAGUGAUGAAAAGGAUUUGCUCAAGGGCCUCAAAAAGGACUCUUUUUCUCAAGAAAGCAGUCCUUCUAGCCCCUCAGAUUUGGCUAAGUUAGAGAGUACUGUCCUGUCAAUUUUGGAAGCUCAGUCUAGUACACUGGUUGAUGAAAAAUCUGAAAAGAAAUCAGAACCCCAUGGAGUUGCUCCAGAGCAACCUAGGGACCAACAGAAAAUUCAGACAUUUCCUGAAACACAGGAAAUUACUAUUUCUGAAGAGGCACUCAAAGAAAGUCAAGAAGAAAAGAAAGAUACUUUGAAAAAAGAUGGACAACAUGGCAUUCCUUCCAGAAAGGAUUAUAAGGAGAAGUUUGAGUUUGUUGAUGACAUAGCUACAAGGAGACAACCUUACGAUUCAGUUGAAGAGAGCAGUGAAAGUGAAAACUCACCUGUUCCCCAAAGGAAACGGAGGACAAGUGUUGGCUCAUCAAGCAGCGACGAGUAUAAACAAGAAGAUAGUCAGGGAUCAGGUGAAGAGGAAGACUUCAUUCGAAAGCAAAUCAUAGAAAUGAGUGCUGAUGAGGAUGCUUCAGGCUCUGAAGAUGAUGAGUUUAUUAGGAACCAGCUCAAAGAGCUCAGCAGUAGUAUAGACAUCCAAAAGAAGGAAGAAACAAAGGGGAAAGGAAAAGUGACACCAGGGAAACACAGGCGACUAACAAGGAAAAUCAGUGCGAGCUUUGAUGAUGAUGCCGGGAGACGCCAUUCAUGGCACGAUGAGGAUGAUGAGACCUUUGAUGACAGCCCCGAACUGAAAUACAGAGAAACCAAAAGCCAAGAGAGUGAAGAACUUGCAGUUGCUGGAGGCGGUGGGCUACGUCGAUUUAAAACGAUUGAACUCAACAGCACAAUAGCAGACAAAUAUACUGCCGAGACAUCACAGAAGAAAACCAUUUUGUAUUUUGAUGAAGAGCCAGAAUUAGAAAUGGAAAGCCUGACAGAUUCACCAGAAGACAGGUCAAGGGGAGAAGGCUCUUCUAGUCUUCAUGCUUCCAGCUUCACUCCUGGUACAUCCCCUACAUCGGUGUCUUCCCUUGAUGAAGACAGUGACAGUAGCCCAAGUCACAAAAAAGGCGAAAGCAAACAGCAACGCAAAGCCCGACACAGGUCUCAUGGUCCUCUCCUGCCUACUAUCGAAGAUUCCUCAGAGGAAGAAGAAUUGAGAGAAGAGGAGGAAUUAUUAAAAGAGCAAGAAAAGCAGCGGGAGUUAGAACAGCAACAAAGAAAGAGUUCUAGUAAAAAGUCAAAGAAAGAUAAAGAUGAGCUUCGAGCUCAGAGAAGGAGAGAAAGACCAAAGACACCUCCUAGCAAUCUCUCUCCCAUUGAAGAUGCUUCUCCAACUGAAGAAUUACGUCAGGCAGCAGAAAUGGAGGAGCUUCACCGGUCCUCCUGCUCUGAAUAUUCACCUAGCAUUGAAUCAGACCCAGAAGGUUUUGAAAUAAGCCCAGAAAAAAUAAUAGAAGUGCAGAAAGUGUAUAAAUUGCCGACAGCUGUGUCUUUAUACUCCCCAACAGAUGAGCAAUCUAUUAUGCAGAAAGAAGGUGGCCAAAAGGCAUUAAAAAGUGCUGAAGAGAUGUAUGAAGAAAUGAUACAGAAGUCUCACAAGUAUAAAGCUUUUCCAGCUGCAAGCGAACGAGAUGAAGUGUUUGAAAAAGAGCCUUUGUAUGGUGGGAUGUUAAUAGAGGAUUAUAUUUAUGAAUCUUUAGUAGAAGACACAUACAAUGGGUCAAUAGAUGGCAGUUUGCUAACAAGGCAGGAAGAAGAAAAUGGAUUUAUGCAGCAGAAAGGGAGAGAGCAAAAACUAAGACUUGCAGAGCAGAUUUAUGAAGACCCUAUGCAGAAAAUCACAGACCUUCAGAAAGAGUUCUAUGAGUUAGAGAGCUUACAUUCUGUUGUACCUCAAGAAGAUAUUGUUUCAAGCUCUUAUAUCAUCCCAGAGAGCCAUGAGAUAGUGGAUCUUGGAAGUAUGGUAACUUCUACUAGUGAAGAAAAAAAGUUAUUAGAUGCUGAUGCUGCAUAUGAAGAACUCAUGAAGAGGCAGCAGAUGCAGCUAAGUCCUGGAGCCAGUCCGAGCCAACUCCCCCUUGGGGAUGAUGCUGCAGAGUCCACUAUGGACUUUGACAGGGUACCUGAUGCAUCUUUGACGUCAAGCAUUCUCUCAGGUGCUUCGCUUACAGAUUCAACCAGCAGUGCAACACUCUCUAUUCCAGAUGUUAAAAUAACCCAACAUUUUUCAGCAGAAGAAAUUGAGGAUGAAUAUGUAACUGAUUAUACCAGAGAAAUUCAAGAAAUAAUUGCCCAUGAAUCAUUGAUUUUGACGUACUCAGAGCCCUCAGAAAGUGCUACAUCUGUCCCACCGUCUGACACGCCUUCUCUCACAUCAUCUGUUUCUUCAGUUUGUACCACAGAUAGUUCCUCCCCUAUUACUACCCUGGAUAGCAUAACGACGGUUUAUACAGAACCCCCAGAUAUAAUAACUAAAUUUGAGGAUUCUGAGGAAAUUUCUUCAUCAACUUAUUUUCCUGGAAGCAUCAUUGACUAUCCAGAAGAAAUAAGUGUAUCAUUAGACAGGGCUAUCACACCAGAUGAUAGGACCGGUGCUGAUCAUGUUGCGAUUUCUUUAUCUGCUAUUGAGCCUUUGGUCAUAGAGUCUGUAGCCUCUAAGCUUGAGGGACCUGUUGCUGACAUUGUUUCCAUGGACUUACCUGUAUCUGAAAAAGACUCAGCACAAAAAGCCAAGAAAGAAACUGGGAAUGGCAUUAUUCUAGAAGUCUUAGAAGCUUAUAGAGAUAAAAAGGAGGAAGCUGAAGCUGUAUUAGCAACAGCUUCCUUACCUGAAACUUUUUUUGAUCAUCAGCGUUCUCCUGCAAAAGCUUUUCCAGUGAAGGAGCAGGUCUCAGCCACAUGUUUUGUGUCUGGAGAAGUAUUUGACCAAGCAAAGCCUGUGUCUCCAUUACCACCUGACAGUCCUUCAGUUUUCACUCUUCCAACUAAAAUUCGCCCAUUUGUUCGAAGUUCUUCUUUGGACACAUCAGCCCAACCUCCACCACCCCCUCCUCCACCUCCACCCCCUCCUCCUCCACCUCCUCCUCCCCCACCCCUGCCUCCACCAACUUCUUCUAAACCAGUGACUUACCCUAAAAGAAAGGUACCAGUUACCACUUCAGGGACUCCAGCUCCUGCUGCUAUCCCUCUGGUUGAUGCUGUUGCUCCUGUAGAGAUCCAGGCUGUUCUGAAGAGUAAUGGGUCACCCAUAACAAAGAUUAGUACACCUGCACCUCCUCCUGUCCCUCCUAAGCCAUCUUCUAUUCCAUCUGGACUUGUAUUUACACACAGACCUGAACCAAGCAAACCUCCAAUCGCUCCUAAGCCAAUAGUUCCUCAACACCCAAUAACUACACAGAAAUCCGCAGAUACACCUCCCAAACCAAACGGUUUAUCUUUAACAUCAAAUAUGACAUUGAAUUUAGUGACUUCAGCAGAUUAUAAGUUGCCUUCCCCUACCUCCCCACUAUCUCCACACUCUAACAAGUCUUCACCAAGGUUUUCUAAAUCCCUUAUGGAAACUUACGUUGUCAUCACGUUGCCAUCUGAACCUGGGACUCCAACAGAUUCAAGUGGUCAAGCAAUUACGAGUUGGCCCCUAGGAUCACCACCCAAAGAUCUGGUUUCCAUUGAAUCAGUGUUUUCUGUAAUUCCUCCUGUGACAGCUUCAGCUAUUCCAGGUUCUUCACAGCAGAGCCCAUAUGUUGCAAGAGGUUUGGAGACAUUUUCUGCUGUCCCCAUCACAACACCAUCUUCAUUUCAACCUGUCCCAACUUCACUGACACAAUUUCCCACAACAGAAGUGCCCAAAGUUGAAGUUUCAUCAGCUAAAAGUAUAGUCUCUAGUGUUGGUCCCAGCAGUGUCACUAUAACAAUUCCUCAAGAACUUCUUGCUUUAGAUACUCUACAUUUAGAGAAGCAUCAGUAUAAGGAAAAUGGAAAAUUACACAUUGUGGGUGAUGUCAUUGAUUUGCGUACGGUACCAAAAGUGGAAACUAAAGGAACUGAAAAAUGUAUGGAUCUUUCUGCUUCCACGAUGGAUGUGAAAAGACAGACAACAUCAAGUGAUGUCUAUGGGAGACAGAUUAGUACUGUGCAGCCAUCCAUCAUAAACCUUAGUGCCACCUCAGCAGCGGUAACGCCAGUGUCCCUUGCUACAGAAACAGGGGCCAUUGUUACAUGCACAGCUAGUACAAGCUACACCACAGGCACCGAGAGCUUUAGGAGUAUAGAGCCUACAAUGACAACACCUCUCCAGCUGACCACAUCAAAGUACUCCGAGCCCCCCCACAGGAUGACAAGUGCCCAGGCUUUUCCCUCACUUAGGGAGGAAGCACCGAUCAACUUGUCUCUGAGUACUUCAGCACAUGCAGUGACACUGGCUGCUGCAAAACCUGUUACUGUACCUCCCGUUGGGGUUACAAAUGGCUGGACAGAUAGUGUCUCUUCCCAGGGAAUCCCCGAUGGGGAGGCUGUGGACCUCAGCACUACCAAGUCUCAUAGAACUGUCGUAACAGUGGAUGAAGCUACUUCAAGUGCAGUGACCAAAAUAAUAGAAGAUGAUGAAAAACCUGUUGAUCUGACUGCAGGACGAAGGGCUGUGUGCUGUGACGUGGUUUAUAAGUUCCCUUUCGGAAGAAGUUGCACAGCACAGCAGCCUGCGACCACUCUCCCAGAAGAUCGUUUUGGUUAUAGGGAUGACCACUAUCAGUAUGACCGGUCAGGGCCGUAUGGAUACAGAGGGAUUGGGGGAAUGAAACCGUCCAUGUCUGACACAAAUUUAGCAGAAGCUGGACAUUUUUUCUAUAAAAGUAAGAAUGCUUUUGAUUAUUCUGGAGGAACUGAUGCAGCAGUAGAUCUAACAUCAGGGAGAAUUACUGCAGGUGAGGUAAUGGAUUAUUCAAUCAAGACUACAGGUCAAUAUCCAGAAACACGACAAGUCAUUUCAGGUCUGGGCCUUAGCACCCCACAGUAUUCCACAGCAAGAAUGACUCCACCGCCUGGACCCCAGUAUUGUGUGGGGAGUGUUUUGAAGUCAUCUAACGGUGUUGUGUAUUCUUCGGUAGCAACUCCAGUACCUUCCACAUUUGCUAUCACCACACAGCCUGGCUCCAUUUUUAGCACCACUGUAAGGGAUUUGUCUGGAAUGCACGCAACUGAUGCAGUGGCUUCACUACCAGCCUUGCAACAGAGCCAGCCUCUGCCUAGAUCCUAUUUCCUAACAACUGGUUCAUCGGAAACGGACAUUACAGUAACUGGUACUGAUAUCAAUGCCAGCUUACAGACCAUCACCAUGGAGACUUUUACAACCGAGACAAUCGACUCUGUUCCCACUUUAACGACAGCAGCUGAGGUGUUUUCUGAAGGAGGGGAGGAUGAGAGUAGCCUUUUAAUUGUCCCUGACGAAGAUAAACAACAGCAGCAGUUAGAUUUAGAGCGGGAACUCUUGGAACUGGAGAAAAUCAAGCAGCAGCGCUUUGCCGAGGAACUGGAAUGGGAGCGCCAGGAAAUACAGAGGUUCCGGGAACAAGAAAAGAUCAUGGUCCAAAAAAAGCUGGAGGAGCUGCAGUCGAUGAAGCAGCACCUCCUCUACCAGCAGGAGGAAGAGCGACAGGCCCAGUUCAUGAUGAGGCAGGAGACAUUGGCUCAGCAACAGAUGCAGCUUGAACAGAUUCAACAGCUACAGCAGCAGCUUCACCAGCAGCUGGAGGAGCAAAAGAUUCGCCAGAUCUAUCAGUAUAACUAUGACCCGUCAGGAACUGUGUCUCCACAAACCACCACGGAGCAGGCAAUUUUGGAAGGCCAGUAUGCUUCCCCCGAAGGUGGCCAGUUUUGGGGAACAGAAGAAGCAGCCACUACAACGUCAGCUGUCGUGGCAAUUGAAAUCCCACAAAGCCAGGGAUGGUACACAGUUCAGUCGGAUGGUGUCACCCAGUACAUUGCCCCGCCUGGCAUCCUGAGUACUGUUUCAGAAAUACCUCUCACCGAUGUCGUUGUAAAAGAUGAAAAGCCACCCAAAAAGCGAAGUUCCGGAACCAAAGGCCGUGGACAGUAUGAUGAGAUGGGAGACAAUAUGGGAGAUGAUCCUCGAGCUUUUAAAAAGAUAGUGGACAGUGGCGUGCAAACCGAUGAUGAAGAUGCAGCAGAUAGGAGUUACGCGAGCAGGAGGAGGAGAACUAAAAAAAGUGUUGACACAAGUGUCCAAACUGAUGACGAAGAUCAGGAUGAAUGGGACAUGCCCAGUCGGUCAAGGAGGAAAACUCGUUCUGGGAAGUAUGGUGAAAGCACCACAGAGGCAGACAAGGCCAAACCGCUCUCCAAGGUCUCCAGCAUAGCCGUCCAGACAGUGGCGGAGAUAUCAGUGCAAACGGAGCCAGUCGGAACCAUAAGGACGCCUUCAAUACGAGCCAGAGUGGAUGCGAAGGUCGAAAUAAUCAAACAUAUUUCAGCACCUGAAAAGACUUACAAAGGGGGCAGCUUAGGGUGUCAAACAGAAGCAGAUUCAGACUCUACACAAAGUCCUCAGUAUCUGAGUGCUACCUCUCCCCCCAAAGACAAGAAGCGUCCAACUCCAUUAGAGAUUGGUUAUUCAUCUCACCUUCGAGCAGAUUCCACAGUACAGCUGGCUCCUUCCCCACCCAAAUCACCAAAAGUCCUUUAUUCGCCCAUCUCACCACUUUCACCAGGCAAAGCCUUAGACUCCGCCUUUGUACCUUAUGAAAAACCCCUAUCUGAUGAUAUAAGUCCACAGAAAGUACUGCAUCCCGACAUGGCUAAAGUUCCUCCUGCAAGUCCUAAAACAGCCAAGAUGAUGCAGCGUUCUAUGUCUGACCCCAAGCCUCUGAGUCCCACGGCGGACGAGAGCUCCAGGGCUCCUUUUCAGUAUACAGAAGGCUAUACGGCGAAAGGUUCUCAAACUAUGACAUCAUCAGGCACCCAGAAAAAAGUCAAGAGAACGCUGCCAAAUCCACCUCCUGAAGAGACGUCCACAGGAACUCAGUCCGCAUACAGCACCAUGGGAACCGCUUCCAGAAGAAGGAUCUGCAGAACCAAUACAAUGGCCCGAGCCAAGAUCCUUCAGGACAUAGACAGGGAGCUGGAUCUUGUAGAGAGGGAAUCAGCCAAACUUAGAAAGAAACAAGCGGAACUUGAUGAGGAAGAAAAGGAGAUUGAUGCCAAACUGCGGUACUUGGAAAUGGGUAUUAAUAGGAGGAAAGAGGCAUUAUUGAAGGAGAGAGAGAAGAGAGAGCGAGCUUAUCUCCAGGGGGUGGCUGAAGAUCGGGAUUACAUGUCUGACAGUGAAGUGAGCACCACCAGACCCACCCGAAUAGAAAGUCAGCAUGGCAUCGAGCGACCUAGGACUGCUCCUCAGACUGAAUUCAGCCAGUUUAUACCCCCACAAACCCAACCAGAAUCUCAGCUAGUACCUCCUACAAGUCCUUAUACACAAUACCAAUAUUCUUCCCCCGCUCUUCCUACUCAAGCACCAACUCCAUAUACCCAGCAAUCCCAAUUUCAACAACAAACUUUGUACCAUCAGCAAGUUUCACCUUAUCAGACUCAGCCAACCUUUCAAGCGGUGGCAACAAUGUCUUUCACACCCCAAGCUCAGCCUACACCAACCCCACAACCUUCUUAUCAGCUACCAUCACAGAUGAUGGUUAUACAGCAAAAGCCACGGCAAACCACAUUAUACUUGGAACCCAAGAUAACUUCCAACUAUGAGGUGAUUAGGAACCAACCUCUGAUGAUAGCACCUGUUUCUACUGAUAACACCUAUGCUGUUUCCCACCUUGGCAGUAAAUACAAUAGCUUAGACUUGAGAAUAGGUUUGGAGGAAAGAAGUAGCAUGGCCAGCAGCCCAAUAUCAAGCAUAUCCGCUGAUUCAUUCUAUGCAGAUAUUGAUCAUCACACUCCACGAAAUUAUGUUUUAAUUGAUGACAUUGGAGAGAUAACGAAAGGAACAGCAGCACUGAGCACUGCAUUUAGCCUUCAUGAUAAAGAUCUGUCAAAAACAGACCGUCUCUUAAGAACCACAGAGACACGUAGAUCCCAAGAAGUGACGGAUUUCCUAGCACCCUUACAGACUUCCUCCAGAUUGCAUAGUUACAUAAAAGCAGAGGAAGACCCAAUGGAGGAUCCUUAUGAACUAAAACUUCUGAAACAUCAAAUAAAGCAAGAAUUCCGUAGAGGAGCAGAGAGUUUAGACCAUCUUGCUGGACUUUCCCAUUAUUACCAUGCUGAUACUAGCUAUCGACAUUUUCCAAAAUCUGAAAAAUACAGCAUCAGUAGACUCACACUUGAAAAGCAAGCAGCAAAACAACUUCCAGCAGCCAUACUCUACCAAAAACAGUCAAAGCAUAAGAAAUCAUUAAUAGACCCCAAAAUGUCAAAAUUUUCACCUAUUCAGGAAAGUAGAGAUCUUGAACCUGAUUAUUCCAGCUAUAUGACUUCUAGCACUUCAUCUAUUGGUGGUAUUUCUUCCAGGGCAAGACUUCUUCAAGAUGAUAUUACUUUUGGCCUCAGAAAGAAUAUUACAGACCAACAAAAAUUUAUGGGCUCAUCCCUUGGGUCAGGCCUGGGCACCUUAGGAAGUACCAUACGGUCAGCUCUACAGGAUGAAGCAGAUAAGCCGUAUAGUAGUGGCAGCAGGUCCAGACCUUCCUCUAGGCCUUCUUCUGUCUAUGGGCUUGAUUUAUCAAUUAAAAGAGAUUCUUCCAGCUCUUCUCUAAGACUAAAAGCUCAGGAAGCUGAAGCUCUGGAUGUGUCCUUUAGUCAUGGAUCCUCCUCUGGCAGAACUAAGCCUACCAGUUUGCCAAUUAGCCAGAGUAGAGGAAGAAUACCAAUUGUGGCUCAGAACUCUGAAGAAGAAAGUCCGCUGAGUCCUGUUGGCCAGCCAAUGGGCAUGGCCAGGGCUGCAGCUGGGCCCCUACCACCAAUAUCUGCAGACACCAGGGAUCAAUUUGGAUCAAGUCACUCACUGCCUGAAGUUCAGCAACAUAUGAGAGAAGAAUCACGGACUCGAGGUUAUGACCGUGACAUAGCGUUCAUCAUGGAUGACUUCCAGCAUGCUAUGUCAGACAGUGAAGCUUAUCACCUUCGCCGUGAGGAAACAGAUUGGUUUGACAAACCCAGGGAGUCUCGUUUGGAAAAUGGACAUGGUUUAGACCGAAAAUUACCAGAAAGAUUAGUCCACUCUAGACCACUCAGUCAACAUCAAGAGCAAAUUCUACAGAUGAAUGGGAAGACUAUGCAGUACAUCUUUCCUCAUGCAAGGAUAAAAAUAGCAAGAGACUCUAAGGAUCACACAGUGUCAGGGAAUGGAUUAGGAAUCAGAAUUGUCGGUGGUAAAGAAAUUCCUGGACACAGCGGAGAAAUUGGAGCCUAUAUUGCCAAGAUUCUUCCUGGAGGGAUUGCAGAACAAACAGGGAAGCUUAUGGAAGGGAUGCAAGUAUUGGAAUGGAAUGGAAUUCCUUUGACUUCUAAAACAUAUGAAGAAGUACAAAGUAUAAUUAAUCAGCAAAGUGGGGAAGCAGAAAUAUGUGUAAGACUGGACCUCAAUAUGCUAUCAGAUUCUGAAAAUUCCCAGCACCUGGAGCUUCAUGAACCCCCAAAAGCUGUGGAUAAAGCGAAAUCUCCAGGGGUGGAUCCUAAGCAAUUGGCAGCGGAACUCCAGAAGGUUUCUCUCCAACAGUCGCCGCUUGUUCUGUCAUCCGUCGUUGAGAAAGGACCGCAUGUCCACUCGGGACCUACAUCAGCAGGGUCCAGUUCUGUUCCCAGCCCGGGCCAACCAGGGUCACCCUCAGUGAGCAAAAAGAAACACAGCAGCAGCAAGCCCGCUGAUGCAACAAAGGUUGUAUCUCAUCCAAUUACAGGGGAAAUUCAGCUUCAAAUCAACUAUGAUCUUGGAAAUCUCAUAAUACACAUUCUCCAAGCAAGAAACCUUGUUCCUCGAGAUAACAACGGCUAUUCUGACCCUUUUGUGAAAGUGUAUCUUCUUCCAGGGAGAGGUCAAGUCAUGGUUGUCCAGAAUGCAAGUGCUGAGUACAAGAGAAGGACUAAAUACGUUCAGAAAAGUCUUAAUCCUGAGUGGAAUCAAACAGUAAUUUAUAAAAGUAUUUCUAUGGAACAGCUUAAGAAGAAAACAUUGGAAGUGACAGUCUGGGAUUAUGAUAGAUUUUCUUCCAAUGACUUUCUUGGUGAGGUAUUGAUUGAUUUAUCUAGCACAUCUCACCUCGAUAACACUCCUAGGUGGUAUCCUCUCAAAGAACAGACUGAAAGCAUUGAUCAUGGCAAGCCUCAUUCCAGUCAGAGCAGCCAGCAAUCCCCCAAGCCCUCCGUCAUCAAAAGCAGAAGCCACGGUAUCUUCCCUGACCCAUCCAAGGACAUGCAGGUUCCCACCAUUGAGAAAUCCCACAGCAGCCCUGGUAGCUCCAAGUCGUCCUCUGAAGGCCAUCUCCGCUCUCACGGACCGUCGCGCAGUCAAAGCAAAACCAGCGUCACACAGGCGCACCUGGAAGAUGCUGGGGCCGCCAUCGCUGCGGCCGAAGCUGCCGUGCAACAACUCCGCCUGCAACCAACAAAGCCUCCCACCCAGCGACCUGCAGAAAGCUCCGUGUCCACCGGCUCUUCGGGCAGCAGCCUUGGCAGUGGAUAUAGCGUGGAUAGUGAAGGACGCAGCAGCGCUGCAGGCGACACUAAUCUAUUUCCUAUUCCAAGGAUAGGAAAGAUGGGUCAGAAUGGGCAAGAGCCUGUAAAACAGCCGGGAGUGGGAGUAGGACUAACAGAUGCUGAAGUAAAAACACAGGUAAUGGGUGAAAUAAAGAUUGCAUUGAAGAAGGAAAUGAAGACAGAUGGUGAACAGCUGAUAGUUGAAAUUCUCCAAUGCAGAAAUAUCACUUACAAAUUUAAAUCUCCUGACCACUUACCAGAUUUAUAUGUGAAAAUAUACGUUUUGAACAUUUCUACCCAAAAAAAAGUGAUCAAGAAAAAAACUCGAGUAUGUAGACAUGAUCGAGAGCCUUCCUUCAAUGAAACUUUUAGAUUCAGCCUAAGUCCUGCUGGUCAUUCUCUUCAGAUUUUGCUUUUCUCCAAUGGAGGAAAGUUUAUGAAGAAAACUUUGAUUGGUGAAGCCUGUAUCUGGCUUGACAAAGUGGAUCUAAGGAAAAGAAUAGUCAACUGGCACAAACUUUUGGUCAGCCCAACUCAAACCCACUGA